AUGGCGACCUCGGACUCGAAGGCGCCUUUGCGUACUGUCAAGCGGGUGCAAUUUGGCAUUCUUUCGCCAGAUGAAAUCCGUCGCAUGUCUGUCACGGAUACUGGGAUCCGUUUCCCAGAAACCAUGGAAGGUGGCCGUCCAAAACUGGGUGGCCUCAUGGAUCCAAGACAGGGUGUCAUUGAUAGGAAUUCCAGAUGCCAAACAUGUGCUGGAAAUAUGACAGAAUGUCCUGGUCAUUUUGGUCAUAUAGAUCUUGCGAAACCAGUAUUUCACGUGGGAUUCUUGACGAAGACUAUUAAGAUAUUGAGAUGUGUAUGCUUCUAUUGUUCUAAGCUGCUCGUCAGUCCUCAAAAUCCCAAAAUAAAAGAAGUCAUCAUGAAAACGAAGGGGCAGCCGCGGAAGAGGCUUACGCACAUUUACGAUCUGUGCAAGAGCAAAAACAUUUGCGAAGGUGGGGACGAGAUGGAUAUCAACAAAGAAAAUGCGGAGAACCAGCAGCCGUUAGACAGAAAACCCGGUCACGGCGGCUGUGGCCGUUAUCAGCCGAACCUCAGGAGAUCCGGCUUGGAUGUCACGGCGGAAUGGAAGCACGUGAACGAGGAUUCGCAGGAGAAGAAAAUAGUGCUCACGGCCGAGCGAGCCUGGGAGAUCCUGAAGCACAUCAAAGAUGAGGAGUCCUUCAUUCUGGGCAUGGAUCCGAAGUUUGCCCGGCCAGAUUGGAUGAUAGUCACUGUGUUGCCGGUACCACCGUUGUCGGUGAGGCCGGCGGUAAUCAUGUACGGCUCCGCCAAGAAUCAAGACGAUCUGACCCACAAAUUGGCGGACAUAAUAAAGUCGAACAACGAGUUGUUGCGCAACGAACAGUCCGGCGCAGCAGCGCACGUGAUAUCGGAGAACAUCAAGAUGUUGCAGUUCCACGUGGCAACCCUGGUCGACAACGAUAUGCCCGGCAUGCCUAGGGCGAUGCAGAAGUCUGGCAAGCCGUUGAAGGCAAUCAAAGCCAGAUUGAAGGGAAAAGAAGGCAGAAUCCGAGGUAACUUGAUGGGUAAGCGUGUAGAUUUCUCCGCACGUACCGUCAUCACGCCAGAUCCCAACUUGCGGAUCGAUCAAGUGGGCGUGCCGCGCAGCAUAGCACAGAACUUGACAUUCCCGGAGAUUGUGACGCCCUUCAACAUCGACAAGAUGCAGGUGCUGGUUAGACGUGGCAAUUCGCAAUAUCCCGGCGCGAAAUACAUAGUCCGCGACAACGGCGAGAGGAUCGACCUGCGUUUCCACCCGAAGUCGUCUGAUCUGCAUCUACAGUGUGGUUACCGGGUGGAGCGACACAUCCGUGACGGCGAUUUGGUUAUCUUCAAUCGCCAGCCGACUCUGCACAAGAUGAGUAUGAUGGGCCAUCGUGUCAAGGUGUUGCCAUGGAGUACAUUCCGUAUGAAUCUGAGCUGCACGUCCCCGUACAACGCAGACUUCGACGGCGACGAAAUGAACAUGCAUGUGCCGCAGUCGAUGGAGACUCGCGCCGAAGUGGAGAACAUCCACGUGACCCCGCGGCAGAUCAUCACGCCGCAGGCGAACAAACCGGUCAUGGGUAUUGUGCAGGAUACCCUGACAGCCGUGAGGAAGAUGACGAAGCGCGACGUCUUCAUCGAGAAAGAGCAGAUGAUGAAUCUGCUCAUGUUCCUGCCGAGCUGGGACGGCAAGAUGCCGCAGCCGUGUAUCCUGAAGCCGAAGCCGAUGUGGACCGGCAAGCAGCUGUUCUCGCUCAUCAUUCCGGGGAACGUGAACAUGAUACGGACGCACAGUACGCAUCCGGAUGAGGAGGACGACGGCCCGUACAAGUGGAUCUCGCCGGGCGACACCAAGGUCAUGGUGGAGCACGGCGAGCUUGUGAUGGGUAUUCUUUGCAAGAAGACGCUGGGUACAUCUGCCGGAUCUCUCCUUCACAUCUGCAUGUUGGAGUUGGGCCACGAGGUGUGUGGACGUUUCUACGGUAACAUCCAGACCGUGAUUAAUAACUGGCUGCUGCUCGAGGGCCACUCGAUCGGUAUUGGCGACACCAUCGCCGAUCCGCAGACUUACUUGGAGAUCCAGAAGGCGAUUAAGAAGGCGAAGGAGGACGUGAUAGAGGUUAUACAAAAGGCGCACAACAUGGAGCUGGAGCCCACCCCGGGUAACACGCUGCGUCAGACCUUCGAGAACCAGGUGAACAGAAUAUUGAACGACGCUCGUGACAAGACCGGAGGCUCCGCCAAGAAAUCCCUUACCGAGUACAACAACCUGAAGGCCAUGGUGGUGUCGGGCUCGAAAGGCUCCAACAUUAACAUCUCUCAGGUUAUCGCUUGCGUGGGUCAACAGAACGUCGAGGGUAAGCGUAUACCGUUCGGCUUUCGCAAACGGACACUGCCGCACUUCAUCAAGGACGAUUACGGGCCGGAGUCCCGUGGCUUCGUCGAGAAUUCGUAUCUCGCUGGUCUCACGCCGUCCGAGUUCUACUUUCACGCGAUGGGCGGUCGUGAAGGUCUCAUCGAUACCGCCGUGAAGACGGCCGAGACAGGUUACAUCCAACGUCGUCUGAUCAAGGCUAUGGAGUCGGUGAUGGUGCAUUACGAUGGCACCGUGAGGAACUCCGUCGGCCAGCUGAUCCAGCUGCGUUACGGCGAGGACGGCCUCUGCGGUGAGACUGUUGAGUUCCAGAACUUGCCCACCAUCAAGGUGAGCAACAAGGCCUUCGAGAAGAAGUUCAAGUUUGACCCGACCAACGAGCGAUACCUCAGGCGUAUAUUCAACGAGGACAUCGUCCGAGAGAUGAUGGGCUCCGGCGAGGUGAUCUCCGAGCUCGAGAGAGAGUGGGAGCAGUUGAACAGGGACCGCGCCGUCCUCCGCGAGAUCUUCCCCAGCGGGGAAUCCAAGGUGGUGUUGCCCUGCAAUCUGCAGAGGAUGAUUUGGAACGUGCAGAAGAUAUUCCACAUCAACAAAAGAGCGCCAACUGAUCUCAGCCCCAUGAGAGUGAUUCAAGGCGUGAAGGAUCUUUUAGAUAAAUGUAUUAUCGUCGCCGGGGAUGACCGACUCAGCAAACAGGCAAACGAAAACGCAACAUUAUUGUUCCAGUGUCUCGUAAGAUCAACCUUGUGUACGAAAGUCGUCUCCGAGGAAUUUAGGCUUUCCGGCGAAGCCUUCGAAUGGUUGAUCGGCGAAAUUGAAACGCGAUUCCAACAAGCUCAGGUGUCACCCGGAGAAAUGGUCGGUGCCUUGGCGGCGCAAUCACUCGGCGAGCCGGCCACGCAAAUGACCCUGAAUACUUUCCAUUUUGCCGGUGUGUCGUCGAAGAACGUAACUCUCGGUGUACCGAGGCUGAAGGAAAUCAUUAACAUUAGUAAGAAACCGAAGGCACCGUCGUUAACGGUCUUUCUGACGGGCGCCGCGGCGCGCGACGCCGAGAAAGCGAAGAACGUGCUCUGCCGGCUGGAACAUACGACCCUGAAGAAGGUGACGGCCAACACCGCGAUCUACUACGACCCGGAUCCGCAGAACACGGUGAUCGCGGAGGACCAGGAGUUCGUUAACGUGUACUACGAGAUGCCGGACUUCGACCCUACAAAGAUAUCGCCGUGGCUGCUGCGUAUCGAGCUGGACAGAAAACGCAUGACCGACAAAAAGCUGACUAUGGAGCAAAUCGCCGAGAAGAUCAACGCCGGCUUCGGCGACGACCUCAACUGCAUAUUCAACGACGACAAUGCCGAAAAGCUGGUUCUGCGUAUCAGAAUAAUGAACAGCGACGACAAUAAGUUCCAGGAAACGGACGAGGAGCCGAUGGACAAGAUGGAGGACGAUAUGUUCCUGCGGUGUAUCGAGGCCAACAUGCUCAGCGACAUGACUCUUCAGGGUAUCGAAGCGAUUGGAAAAGUGUACAUGCACUUGCCGCAAACGGACUCGAAAAAGCGCAUCGUUAUCACGGAGACCGGAGAGUUCAAGGCAAUCGCUGAGUGGCUCUUGGAAACGGACGGGACGAGCUUGAUGAAAGUGCUUAGUGAACGCGACGUCGACCCCGUGCGGACAUUCAGCAACGAUAUCUGCGAGAUAUUCCAAGUGCUCGGCAUCGAGGCUGUGCGUAAGUCCGUGGAGAAGGAGAUGAACGCCGUAUUGCAGUUCUACGGCCUCUACGUGAAUUACCGUCAUCUCGCUUUACUUUGCGACGUCAUGACGGCGAAGGGUCAUCUUAUGGCCAUCACUCGUCAUGGAAUCAACAGGCAGGACACGGGCGCUCUUAUGAGAUGUUCCUUCGAAGAAACAGUCGACGUGUUGCUGGACGCCGCUUCUCACGCAGAAGUUGACCCAAUGCGAGGAGUAUCUGAGAAUAUUAUAAUGGGUCAGCUUCCACGCAUCGGAACAGGUUGUUUCGAUCUACUGCUGGACGCCGAGAAAUGCAAAGCUGGCAUUGAAAUUCCUAUAGCGGUCGGCGCGGGCGUGAUGGGAUCGGCUGGAAUGUUCUUCGGCAGUGUUCCUGGCAUAUCCAGCAUGAGUCCUCAAAUGACACCGUGGAUGGGAGCUACUCCCGGUUAUGGAGCGUCGAGCAUGUCACCUGCAAUGAGCAGCGGUAUGACGCCCGGAGGUGCCUGUUUCUCACCGUCGGGCGCUUCAGACGCGUCGGGCAUGUCUCCGGCCUACUCUGCCUACUCGCCGCAACCUGGUAGUCCUGGUAGUCCAGGUCCCAGCAUGAGCCCAUUCCCGAUGUCGCCGGCGGGCGCCGCCUCGCCCAGCUAUUCGCCCACUUCGCCCGCGUACCUGCCCACGUCGCCCAGCAUGACACCGUCGAGCCCGAACUACUCGCCCACGAGUCCAACGUACUCGCCAACGAGUCCUAACUACUCGCCGACGUCCCCGAGUUACUCGCCGACGUCACCCAGCUACUCGCCCACGUCGCCUAGCUACUCGCCCACGUCGCCCAGCUACUCGCCCACCUCGCCCAGCUACUCGCCGACGUCGCCCAGUUACUCACCAACGUCGCCGAGCUAUUCGCCCACCAGCCCGAGUUACUCGCCCACGUCGCCCAGUUAUUCACCGACGUCGCCGAGCUACUCGCCCACCAGUCCGAGUUACUCGCCUACGUCACCGAGUUACUCGCCCACCAGUCCGAGUUACUCGCCCACGUCGCCGAGUUAUUCGCCGACGUCGCCUAGCUACUCUCCGACGUCACCGAGCUACUCGCCCAGCUCGCCGAACUACACGCCCGCCUCGCCGAGUUACUCGCCGACCUCGCCGAGCUACUCGCCCAGCUCGCCGCAGUAUUCGCCGGCCAGUCCCAGCUACUCUCCCAGCAGCCCCAAAUACUCGCCCACCUCGCCGAGCUACUCGCCCACUUCACCGUCUUUCGCCGGCACGUCGCCGCAGUACACACCCGCGAGUCCCACGUACUCGCCCACCAGUCCCACGUAUUCGCCGACCAGUCCGUCGUACUCGCCCAGUUCGCCGCAGCAUACCGCGUCCGGUAGCACCAGGUACUCGCCGAGCAGUCCGAACUAUUCACCCACCAGUCCGACUUACUCGCCCACGAGCCCGCAGUACUCGCCAUCGAGCACCAAGUACUCACCCACCUCUCCCACUUACACACCGACCAGUCCGAGUUACUCACCGACGAGUCCGACGUAUUCGCCGCCGGUACCGGGGUAUUCGCCCACGAGCCCCACGUAUUCGCCGGCGUCGCCCGCGUACGAGACAGAAGAUUAACGCUCAUCACCUUGAUCACUGGAAAUUGUUCGUUGUCUGCGACACGAUGUGUAUAGAAAUAAGUAUCGGGCACGUGUACUCGUUUGCGGAACGGCUUGAGUACAUUCUCCUCGAUGCGUUUCUUCUGCACGCAGCGAUGAAUGCAGAAAAAGACCUGUCUUACGGCAAACAAAUUCUGCCAUCGCAGGCCUAUCUCUGUGUUCAUCGCUGCGUGCAGAAGAAGCGCAGCAGGCAUACCCAGAUGUAAUAUUUUUAUCAAAAUUUAGAAGUAGAAUAAGAAUAUGUAAUAACGUUAAAAUAAAAAUCAAUUGUAUUUCUGUAAG